AUGGAUUUCGACCGGAAUGCCAUCGGAUCUCUGGAGGACGUCCAUCGGGAAUGGGACAGCCUCGAGACCGAGCGUGUCAGGGUGGAAGACAAGCUGCGGAGUUUCGACGCACCGGCUGGGGGCAGGGGCGGUGGCUUUGGCGGGCGGGGGGUAAGGGUCAUGGGCGGUGGCAGGGGCAGGGACAGGAGUGACGGGGGAGACUGGCGCAGGGAUAGGCCCCGCGACACCAGCAAUGGCGGUCGCGAGGAGGCCCCACACAGACCUUCCCAAGCAUCGCGAGACAAGUACCGCGCGAUGUCGGGUACGUGGGAGCGAGGGCUAGACCCUGCAACGGCUGCCCUGGACGAUGACGCCCCGCCGGAAGGCAGGGGGAGGGGCGGCGGCGGGACGGCGGGGCUUCGGGGAGGCACCAAGGGUUCCAUCGCGCAUUACCAACGCCCAGCAGACAGCCACGGUGACAGGAGGGGACGGGGUAGAGACCGCGGUGUGGCCCCGAUGCACGGAGCUGGUGUGCGGGGGGACAGGGACGGUAUGCGGGGCGAUAGGACCGGCGACAGAGACGUCUUCUCGCGGGGAGGACGAAGCGGAACGCGGGGGGACAGGGCGCGGGGAGACUUCGACCGGUUCAGGAACGGUGGCUCGGGGGGACGAGGAGAAGGGUCGCGGGCACGCCGCGAGUCUAAUGGCGUCGGGGGUGGCGGCGGUGAGCCGGAAGCGAAGCGACCUCGGGUGACGAGCACGAUCGUCGUCGCGGGCGACGAGGACACGAACGGGGACGGGACGACGGAAAACGGCGAGCUGGACCGCUGGAACACCGAGCUUCCCCCCGCAUCACCACCACCAGCGACAGAAGCUGCUGCAGCAACAGAAACAACAGCGACGACAACAACAACUCCAGACGACGACCUCGUGGACUACGAGCCGGAGGCAGAACCGGAGGAGGACACCGCUAGCGGGCCUCCACCCGCCGCUGCCGCCGCCGCCCCCCCCGGCGAGGCAACGGGCCAGGAAGACGAUCAGCAGCCCACGGAAGAGGACGAGGGCGGCGGGCGUAGGCCCGUCGGCAAGAUCGUGGUCGUUUCGGGCGGCGGCCCUAGAGGGCGCGCUGCCAACAUCGGCGGCGUCGCUGGCAGCGGCGGCGGGCGCGGGAGCCUGGCUAGCAGGCUGGGCCCUCCCAUGGGGAGGCCGGUGAUGGUGAAAGGGGGUUUGGGGGACAACGGCGGGGAAGGGGGCUUUAUGCCGCUGUCGGAGAGGCCCAUGCCGGAGCCCUCGAAGCCAGAGCUUCACGUGGCGUACAAGGACGGGGACACCAAGAAGCGAAACAGGAGGAUGUUCGGUGGCCUCAUGGCCCACCUCGGCCGAGCGCGACAGCAGCUAGACCACGACAAGUCCAUUAUCCAGCGGCAGAAGAGCGUGGUCGAGAUGGCGGCGAUCAGGCAGGCGCAAGAGAAGAGGCAACGCCGACAGAUGGCUGAAACUGCGGCUCGUGAGGAGCGCGACGAGGAGCUGCACAAGCGCGACUACAUCCGCGCAAGGCAGCAGAAGACCUUGGUUGCUCUUCACGGAAACGGUUUCAUCGCCAACCAGGAGCAGCUCAAGGGGUUCAUCUUCACAAAGACCCUGCCCAAGCUAGCUUGGUCACCCAACGAGCAUACCGACGUUACCCAGGCUCUGCUGGCAGACUCUAGCAAAGAGAUUGACGGUAACAUCGAGCGGAGGAAAGAGGCCGACGACAAGGAGUUCCAGAAAAUCGACGAUUCGGUUGCCGAACGAGCCGCGACGCGGGCCAGCCGGAGGAUGGCACACGCUCCGGGGGGCCGGCAGAUGGGGGUGCGGCAGGACAGGGACGCCAACUCCCACGGAGAAGGCAACGGGCAUCGCUGGCAGAUGGCGGCGGGAGAGAGUGACACGAACGGGGAGGGUCCCGGCCAAGCCCGCACGGUCGCUCAGGAUGAUGGCGACGGCAAUGCUGGUGCGACAGGGGACACUGGCGGCGCCUCGUCCAGGAGCCAAGACGUGGUCGAUGAUGCAGAUCAGCCUGGGGCGGCGGUGUCGGAAGCGGACGGCGCCGAGGGCCGGGAAAUGGCUGGCGGUGCCGGGGACGGGAUGGAAGUGGACGGCGAUGAUGUCGGCGUCGCCACCGGCUAUGCCGAGGCUGACGAUGCAGGGGGACAGGAGGGAGCGGAGACAUCUCCGCGCAGGAGCCUCGCCCCUGCCGCCGCAGCAGGCGGUGAUUUGUCCACUGGGGAGGAGGAGAACAACGGUGGUGGUAGAGGCGGCGGCGACGCCGAGAAGGCGGGCGGCGGCGGCGGUGGUGGUGGUGAUGGCGGCGACGGGGUGGAUGGCAGGACAGAAGCGAUUGCCGAGGCGAUUGGCGAGGAGGAGGUGUCCCGGGCGGGAGGGGGCGGGGAUACCGAUGCCGAAGAAGGAACGAAGAAGAAGAAAAAGAGCAGCAAGAAGGACAGGGGAAGCGGCAGCGGCAGCGGGCGCAAGAAGUCUUCCCGGCGCAGCAGCGACAAGUAA